UGUUUUAUGUUAAUGCCCUCUUGUGUUAGGGACCGCUUUGGAUAAUCUUUAGUGUGUAAUCAGAAUUUACUAGAACUUAAUUUAUAAAAUAAAAUAUUUAAACGUUAAAGGAUCAAGAAGAUGAAAUGAAAAUUCUAAAAGAACAAAUUAAUAAUCAAAAUAAAGAAGUGUACGUAAUUGAGAAGAAUAUAUCUUACUUGGAACAUAAGAAAGAAGUGAAAGAUAAAUGGAACGAAAUGAAACAAUCUGUUAUGUCGAAAAAAUCCAAAGAAAUUGCAUCAUUGAAAAAAGUAUGCUUUGAGUUUCAAAACAGCAUAGAAGAUUUGAGAAAACAGAAUAUAAAUUUAGACAAAGAAAUAAAAAAAGCCAAAGUAGGAAAAGAAAACGAAACGAGCUAUUUAAAAAUUAGUCAAAAUAAAGAAGAAGCGCUUCAAAACAGUUUAAAACGAGAAAGAUUACAAAAGGAUACUUUUCAAAAACAAUUGAAGAAAUCAGAAAUAAAUACAAUCGCGUUCAAUAGAGAAUAUAUGAUACUGUUAAAUGCGUUACAAAAUGCCAAAAAUGAAGCGGAAAGUAUAUCAAAUAAACUGAAAAAUAGUAAAAAUGUCAAAGAAUUGAAAAGACAUCAUUUUAUGAAGUUACAAGAACAACAGAUUAAACUUUCUCAAUCCCGGGAUGCAAUUAUGGCAAAUUAUCAAAAAAAUCGA